UAAUAUUACUAGCGCACACUUCAGGCUUUAGACGUUCCCCGAGAGUGAACGAGAUACGUGAUGAAAUGCACAUACGCGAGUUGGUUUCUGCGACGGACCAAUUGGUGCGUAGCUCUUUUAGUUCCGGGUGUGUGUGUGUGUGUGUCGCUCAGUUAGAACUAGCCGCUGUCGGUUAGCCUCCAACCCGUAGGUGUGUCAGUGUUCAGUACAUCAGCGUUAUUUUGCACUGAGAGUUUAAAGACAGUCAUUUAUGCAUUGUAUUUGAGACGAGCUCCGUUACGAGGGAGAGAAUGGCGGCAGCGUUACUGUCUGAGACGGAGAUCCGACACCGCUCUAUGGCGGAAGAGGACCCGAACGGGAACGAGCACGGCGCGGCCGCCCGCAGUAGCGCACCCCGCUGGGGACCGCAGCACGCCGGGGCCCGCCAGCUCGCCCAGCUCUACUCCCCCGGAAAACGGUUACAGGAGUGGAUCUGUGUCAUCUUGUGCCUCUCUCUCUUCGCUGUCAACUUCCUCUUCCUCCUCAUCAACUUCUCCACAGUGUCCAUCUACAGAAUCAUUUUUGGCAUUGUGACCGGUAUCGUCACAGCAGACUUUGCCUCUGGAGUGGUGCAUUGGGGAGCUGAUACCUGGGGCUCUGUGGACAUCCCUAUCAUUGGAAAGGCGUUUAUUCGUCCAUUUCGGGAGCACCACAUCGACCCCACAGCCAUCACGCGGCACGACUUCAUUGAGACCAAUGGAGAUAACUGCAUGAUCACCAUCCUGCCUCUCGCCCACAUGGCGUACAAGUUUCUGUCCUACACACCAGAUGCCCUUGCUGAGUCCUACCCCUGGGACUGUUUUAUGUUUGCGCUUGCCGGUUUCGUGACGAUGACCAAUCAGAUCCAUAAGUGGUCACACUCCUACUUCGGCCUGCCGCGAUGGGUCACUCUGCUGCAGGACUGCCAUCUAGUGCUGCCUCGUAAACACCAUCGUAUCCAUCAUGUGUCCCCUCAUGAGACCUACUACUGCAUUACUACAGGCUGGCUUAACUACCCCCUGGACCGGAUAGGCUUCUGGAGGAAGAUGGAGUGGUUGAUCGAGAAGGUAACGGGACAGAAACCACGCUCUGAUGACAUGGCCUGGGCCAAAAGGACAGAGUGAGACUAUAACGGGACUGCAGCACCGUCAUCCCUCGCUUCUCUUCUCCGACAACAUGAGGGAAGCCUCUUGGACAGAGAAAAAAUCCGAAUAUGGCCCUUACUUCUGACCCUUAAUCCACCCUAAAUCCCCCUUUUUCUCUCAAUCACUAUAGCACAGAGAAUUUCCGCUGCUGAGGUUUUCACCUGUUUCAACGCUCAAGUCGUCUCCGUCUUCUUGUGUCUCUGAAGUGUGAAGUUUUUCAUCCACUCCCUCACACACACAGAGCAGGAAGAGAAAGCUGAGUUAAAGACAUGCCUCUAAAAGCACAGCACUUAAAAACCCUUGUGAUGAGUAAUAGUUGAUUAGUAAUAGUGACAAAUUUUGUAUUAAUUCUUCCUGUCUGCUUGUGGUGGUGGCUUUUCUCAUAUCAGAACUGUCUUCCCUGGAGGUUGGGCUCUCCAGGGGCCAGGAAAUAGAUCUAUUUUUUAAUCCUGUUUGAUGUUUGGGUCUGUUUUUUUUUUUUUUGUAACCCGUCUAUUUGUCCAGCUUAAUCAGUGUUCUGCUGUUCUUUAGUCGUUACAUGUCCUCCAUGUUUGUCAGCGAGUUUAAAUAGAAGGAGGUGAGUUGGUGUGUUUGUGCUGUGCUUUGGUGAAUAUUCUCCAUGUCCUAACAUAAUACCACAGAGCAGAUUGCAACACAUGAGCACUUAAGACCUCCAAGCGAGGGCAUACUGGCUGUACUAGUCCGAUUCUUAUUUAUUUAAAAAAAUAAUCAAUAAAUACUGAAUCUCGUAAGCUUGCACUCGGUUUCGGUCUGUGAACUUCACAGCGACACCACUGAGACGCGACCAAAGCAGCGGCAGAGCCGUUCCGAUUAUCCCUCAUUCUGCACGCAUAAUCAUAACCGGUUCUUGAAGCCAUGAAGCGGAGCGAGUGCAAGCUUCUUGUUGGUUAGUACCAGGAUAAUGCUGACUAAUCCUACUGUACUUCAAAACACUCCUGGUGUUUGCACUUAAUCUCCAUCCACUGCGUAUGUAGCAUUAUGCAGUUAAAGCGGGGAGGAACCUGAAGACGUUUCCCUGGAUUGAGAUGAUGUACACCUCUUUAACACACUUUAAUCCUGGGAGGAAAUGUGUAAAACAUGCGAGUGCUUAAAGCAAAACUGUUGCAUUUUAACAAUGACGUUCUUCAUUGUCCAAGAAGCAAUACUUUCAAUCCUACAGAUUUCACGUGCUUUUCCCCAAAGGUUGUGUGUGAAAAAAUUUAACGUGUUUUUUUUUUUUUUAUGGCUACAGAUGCGAUGGCUGUUGAUGGAGUAUUUAUUUAUCAUUUUUUUAACUAUUGUGGCUUAGACUUGAAGAUUAGUUUCAAUAGAUAAGAAUGAUUAUAUUUAAGAAAAAAAAACAAUUUUCAACCAAAUAAGCGUUACACUCUGUUUAAUUGAUGAUAUUUAGUAAAAUAAGUUGGAAAGAAAAAAAAAAUCCUGUCUCAGUUAUGUUUGGCCAGCAGGUAAAUGGUAAGAGUAAAAAGAAAUCAGCCAUAGUAUAUAUGUAUAUUUACACUCAUUUAUUAUUAUUAUUAUUAUUAUUAUUACUACAGCUUGACUAGUUGUGUGUGUUCCUUCUCUUUAUGGCUUUAUAAUGUUUCUAUUUUUUACUGAGCGAUCAGCCUUGUAUGUAUUCGUACUGUCUAUCUUGCAGCUAAUGCUUGCUGCUAGUCUGCCUUAAAUCAUUUUUAUUAGCUGUUUGAUUUAAUAAAGAUCUCUUAAGUUACA